UCAACUCCGCAAAGCACUACGGGAACACGUGCGGUCAACAUGGCGGCGCCCUUCACUAGAGUUUAUCGACCGUUAUGGAGGAUAAUAACUACAACUACAUUAAACAAAACCGUGCGAAAUGUUUCGUUCACUAGGCAAGAACGGGCUCCGCAAAAUGUCAAAUCUGCGGUAGCCGCAUCUCCGUGGGCGCUGCAUGGAGCCGUAUGUUUGCAGCGGCUGCCUGUGGUCUCUCAAGACAGGAGCCCCAUUGAGGAAGAGUUCAUGGAGCUUAUGCACCAGAUGGAGUUAGAGAGAAGUCUGCUUUCAGACCAUGAGCUGAGGCUGCUGGAGGAUGCUGCACGGAUGAGCCGGAAACAAGAAGAGGAUUAUGAUUCAGAUGAGGAGGAGGAGGAUUAUAGAGACAAAGAAAUUGUUACAGCCCAAGAUCUGGAAGAUACUUGGGAACAGAAACUGAAGCAAUUCCAACCAGCUCUGAGGUCACAAGUUGUUGACAAGAAAGAUGUGAGUUCUUCAGAGCGUUGUUUAGCAGACAGCCUGAUCUUGCUGGUGAAGAAGGACGUUGGCAGUCAAAAGCUUUGGCUCCUGCCUCAGAUACAGUGGCAGAUGGGAGAGACUCUUCGACAGACGGCCGAACGUGCCCUUGCAAGUCUUCCAGGUGCUGAUCUAAAGGCCACUUUCCUUGGCAAUGCACCCUGUGGAUUUUACAAAUAUAAAUACCCAAAGGACAUUCAGAAAGAGGGCAGUGUCGGAGCCAAGGUGUUCUUUUUCAAAGCGUUGCUAUCCAGCCAUAAGCACUUACCUCUGGAGAAGAAUUCAUUUGCCUGGGUAAAAAAAGAUGAACUCCAGGACUUCCUGAAGCCAGAGUACCUGAAACAAGUCAGACGCUUCAUUAUGGCCCCGUAAAAUGGGAAUGAUGAUUGGUAAACAACACAUGAUUCCAUGAGUUUGGACCCUAUUCCGUCAGAUUCUCAGAUGUUCAGAUUGUCAUAGAGAAGUUAUAUAGUACGUUUACUUUUAUCAGCAAUGCUCUGAUUCGUUUUUGCAACUUGCCAUGUAUAUUUAUCAUGCUGUCUUUGUAAAUGGAAAUCUUUAUGACACUGUAUGUAAUAUUAAAAAAAUGUGAUCUCA